UUUUCUCGCGAUGACGUCGUCGUUUUCUCGCGAUGACGUCGUCGUCUCCGCGCGAUGACGUCGUCGGCGGGACGUGGUGACGAAACGACGCCAGCUUCCGUGCUUUUUUUUCCUUCCUCAGCGCCCGGAGCGGAGAUGGCGCGCGACCACCGCGAUUCCUUCAGUGGCAAUUACAUUUCAAGAUGUGAUGGUUAUGAUUACAGAGAGACUGGCUUGAGGGAUCGUCACCAAGGCGUGUACCGAGAGGAUGUAGGGCCGCCAGACGACCAACGUGAAACCUACAGCACUGCAGCCAGCCUUCUGACAACUAUGAUAAAGAUCAUCAAGUCUGAUCACCCAGCCGAUCACCCUGGUGGUGAAUUUCAGGACAUGGGCCCACAAGACCAAGGGUAUGACGAUCGUGAGUGUUUUGACUCGAGGCAAGGCGCUGAUAACCGAGGCUACAAUAAAUCAGAGUUUUUGGACCAUCGAGGCAGAAGAGGGCCUCAGCAUGGUGGACAUAGCUCACCUCCAGGUGGACAAUAUGGCCCACAAAGUCAAAGGAAUGACUACGAUAUGCAUUACAAUGCACCUGUCCAGCAAGAGCUACCUGGCCAAAGAGGCUUUGGAUGGACUGGCCAGUAUGGAAGACCUGCCCAUAUGCAAGAAUUUCAUGGGCCAGGAAACUGGCCCCAAUAUAGGGGUCCGGGUAACAGGGCUGAUUUUGAAAGCAUGAACAACAGGCCAGGCUUUGAAGGUCAAGAUGACAGGCCUAUCUUUGGAGGUCCAAACAGACCAGGUUUUCGAGGUCCUUAUAAUAAGCCAGGCCAUGGAGGUUUGACAAACAGGUCAGGUUUUGGAGGUCAUUCAAAUAACCGAAGCAUCAGAUUUGAUCCAACUAGGAAAGUAAAUCGGCCAGGCCAGUUAUGGCCAGUCACAAAAACGAGUAGCGUGAAAGCUCAAGGUCAAAAUAAACUUGGAGGCCAACAAAGUAAGGCCUCCAAGAAUACUGCUGUGGAAUCGAAGAAUACCUCGUAUGCUGCAGCGGGCACAAGCGUUGACACUCUGCAAAGAGGCAAUAGCAACGCCGGUGGUGGUGGUGGGCAGACCCAUCCACUGGCAGAAGGCAAUGAAGCAGGCAGGAGUGCCAGCCCAGCAUCUGGGAAGAAGGCGAGCGUGUCUGCAGCACCUCCGAAGCCACCCGGUUCAUCUGCAGCCAUUGCAAGCACUCUGGGUAAUCCAAACGCCUCGACGUCUGUGAGGCCCGGCACGAGCCUCAAGAGGAAGUCCCCCCAAGGAGAGGCUUCACAGGCAAAAAAACUCAAACCCGAAAUAAAGUCUUCAAGUUCGGCACCUGGAAAAUUGGGACAGGCCAACCCAGCAGGCAGAACGGUUUCUAUCACGGAGUUUUUGCAAGACAUGGACAAGGUGCAAGACAUAGGAGGCGUUUGGGCCAUGUACAGGUGCAUGCUGUGCAAGUUCAAGACUCCAAAGCGCUCCCAGAUGGACGCACACGUGCAGAGCAAAAUGCACAAGCACACCCUGCAGGACCUUGGCAAAGACCACCCAGACGGGCCGGAAAUCGCUGACUUUCUCGAUGCACUGAUGAGCUGGAAGAAUCGCCAGGUGGGCGUGAGGAGGAGAGGAGCCCCUGGGCUGCUCAAAUUGGGUCUAUCUGAUGCGGCGUCAGACGAAGAUGGAGCGGAGCUGGAUGAAACCAUGGAGGUGUUGCGCACUGCAUGGUGUCGCGCUUGCCACAUGCGUGUGCCAUAUCUCGCCAACAGUUUGCAGGACCACAUGAACUCGAAGGUGCACAUCACAAGGAGAGAGUCUUACACCCGGAAGAGACGGACCCGCGUCGCAGCCAUGGCCAAGAGAAUCAUGGGCCAACAGAAACACUCUACCUUUUUUGAAGCGUUUCAAAAGGGUAUAGAUACAUUUGAAAACACGAUGUUCUUUAUUGACAAACAAGGAGACACAGACGUGACAAGAACACUCAUACAAAAUAAUCCAGUGAUAAGAAAGGUACAAAUGCUUUUGGGCAUCGUGCCAGGCCAGAGCAAACCAAAUGCAGAAAGGACCACCAAGGUGAGCGCUGAAGACGUCGACCCUAACAAUGCUGAGCCCAAAAUAAUCCAGAAGCGUUCCGUCGGCGAGGCUGUGGAGAGAGUAGUAGGUGCCAACGAAGGGAACGGGGAUGCCUGCGUGAUAUCCUCCACUGUCGACGCAGCCGUGCGGAGUGACGUUGCGUCAUCAACGCAGGGGAAGGAGGCCGUGAGUCGGACGAGCAGGGAGAAGGAAGUUCACGGAGAAACGGCAAUUGAGAAGGAGAAGGGAGAGACAAAUGUCGCGGGCCGAGUUGCGGAAGGGGAGUUUGAGGGCAGGAUUGAAAAUGUGGUUUACGAGCACAGUGAAGAGGUGAGUGAAGUGGUCGAAGGGAUCGUAAGCGACGCAGAUGAUAACGUGCGUGGCAAUGAUCGUGGAUCUGUGGAGGGUGUGGUGAUGAAGGGCGGCACGGAGGUCACUCACGCAAAUGACCUGCUUGCGGCGAAGGAGAACCCUGUAAAUUUUGGAGAGUCUCUGAAGGGCGGUGGUCCGCACGCACUGCCUACCAAGGGAGAGGGCGGUAGCAGCAACUCCAAACGGGACGUCUCGCUCGUGAAAUGCGCGAACACGACGAGCGACAGGCACGCCGCGAACAAGACGAGCGUUACUCCCGCGGUGGGCGUUGAGAGCCCCGAAAAGGUGACAAAUGUGUGCACCGAGGGGGAUUUGGAGAGCAGCGUUGGCCAGGGGAGCGAGGAGGGAGGAGGAGGAGGAGGAGACGGCGCUUUAAGAGUGCUGGCUUCCCGCAGGCCUGCCGCCCGGGGAAGGGAGAGCGGCCCGCGUGCCCACCGUGGCCGCCCACGCGUGGGCAAGGGCGCCAGGAGGAACAGGGGCAGGUCCCAGGAGUAGGCGCAUCCCCUCCUUGUUGCAGAAGUUCACGGUUCAAAUCAAAUCCGGCAGGUUGCCCUGGUUAAAACUGCGGGGUGUAUUAACCGUGAAAUACUACUUGCCAUCUCCUUGGCACUGCUCAUCACACCACUCAUCUUUUCACACUCUCCGACCUAGGCACGUCUGACACCCCAACCCCGCUCUUGACUCAAGUCUCACCUUUUCUUUACGCACAUCCUCAAUCUCCUUCAGUCACUCCAUUUCCCCUCCCUCCACUCUCAGUGUCGGUGUUCCAUAGGGUUCGGUUCUGGGUUCCUCACUCUUCUCUCUCGAUAUUUCGGCUCUUGAAUCUAUGAUCUCUUUCCUGCUUUCCUCAUUUCUUUGCUGAUACCCAAGUCGUCUGCUGCUUUCCUUCACUUACCCCCUGACCAUCAUGGGACCUCCUUUGCCAGUAACAUUAUCAGAGUAUGUUUUUUUGUUUGCAUUUUGACCACAAGUAUUGUGGUUAAUGCAGACAUAAUUCCUUGUAAAAGGUUUCAGCUUGGUGUUAUAACAACUUAACGCCUGUUUUGUUGCCAGAAAAAAGGGGGAAACCCUAUUCUCUUACCCAUGUGCAUUUCAUAAUCAUUCAGUACCUCCUUGCACGCCCCUGCCAUCUAAAUCAUUCUAUUCUCUCACAAUUUUAAGUGAAGUCAAGUGUGUUGACUGAGGGCUCUCUGUAAAUGUACUGGCAUCAUGGACCACUCUUUUUUUUUAUUUGGAGAUCACUUAACUGGGAUUACACAUCGCAAUCACUGACACCGUAUUGACAGACUAAUACCAACUAUCAGGCCAGUGCCGAGUCAUCUUGUACCACACAGGGACAGCUGCUACUGGGAGAGAGUCCCCCUUUGAAUGGUCAAGAUGAGUUUUGAUGUUGUGUGCUUUGAGUUGCUGAGAUGAAUGCAGAGAUUAUGAAACACGAAGAGAAGUCGGCCAGACCACAGCUUUGAGAAAACGUACAGCAGUGAAUUCUAUAUCGUAAUUGGGAUACAAUCAACUCUAAAUUAUCCGUGGUUUGAUUAUUCGGGUUGCGGAUUAACCAUGUUUGUGGGGAAAAAAACAACUGCAUUGUUUUGAGAUGUACCCCGUGAGGUGGUACGAACUGAAUUCCUGAAAAAGCUCCCAGCACGUGGAAUGAAACGUCGGAUGUGCCAUAUCAUACGCAGCACAACCCAAAAAUACAUCAGGGAGCUGUGCAGCAUAACCAUAAUAACCCACCUAUCUUUGCGCGCACUCUGGUUAUAUCAUUUUCUGUUCUUCCUUGGAAGGUUCAAAACAUACGAUUGCAAACAUGUUGGAAAGUGAACCGAUUACUCUAAUAAACAAAAAGACUGCACAUGUUACCCUCAUUCCACGUUAAGUAAACAAGAAAAAGGUUAACUUAAGCAGUAGGUUUUUUUCAGUCAAUAUGAUUUGGCAAAUGUUUUUUAUUCAGACUUUCUGCAGCUUGUCCUUAAGAUUAUUCAAGUUACCAAUGGCCGCGUUAACGUUUAUACGCAUGACAGUUGAAUUAAUAUUCUUUGAGUCUUUCGGUAAAGUCACGUAGAUAGGUUCAAGGAUAGUUAUUUUUUUUGUUAUUUUCUUUGAACUUAUCUCCGUGACUUUACCAAAAGACCCAAAGAAUAUGAAUUACUGCAGUCACGAAAGCUUUUAAGUAAAAUGUAAUGAAUGUGGAGGGUCUUGCGACUGAAAUUUGGCCAGAUCAGUAUGCACCUUCCGACCCACAGGAAGUGCAUACUAAUCUAUCCAAAUUUGGUGCAAGUGGAAGCAAAGAUGAAGAGAAAGAAGGCAGAAGAAGAGGUGGGGGGAGGGCGAUGUGGUGCGAUCGGACACGCUGGCUCGUAAAGCGGAGAGAGAGAGAGGGAGAGAUGGCGCAGGAAGGACAGGGCAAUGUGGAGAAAGUUGUCAAGGGCAGUGUGGAGAAAGUUGUCAAGGGCAGUGUGGAGAAAGUUGUCAAGGGCAGUGUGGAGAAAGUUGUCAAGGGCAGUGUGGAGAAAGUUGUCAAGGGCAGUGUGGAGAAAGUUGUCAAGGACAGCGGAACACCCCACGUGAGUGACGCGUGGGAGAAGAAGAAAAUGAGGCCAACCCAAAAUGCAACUGAACAAAUAGCUAUUAUGUUUUACCCUAAGUUAGGUAUACUUUAUAUUUUCAGUGCGUGUGUUUUCUUUUGCGGGCCACCGGAUAAUUUUCCGGUGAAAUAGCGGGAGAGGGUUGGCCCGGAAAAGAAAACACACACACACUUCGGUUCAAGUUAAGAACUUAGGUUCAAGUUAAAAAUAGAGCCUGUUGUUAAUUUCAAAAGUGAUUUCCCGUUUGGAAAUUCCACAUUAUUAUGGCGGGGGCAAGUAUAAACUACUCUGGACGGAUGAUGGGCUGAGUCACCCCCCCACCCCCUCCUACCAGAAUUUCAACACACGUCCUUCAAUUACGAGCCUCUUACUAUACGGUAGAGGCAUGUGGCCGGAUUAAUUGUAAACUAAUAUAAAUAGUAAAUUUUUUAUCACCUGACAUGAUUUUUUUUCAUUUUAUAGUGUAGUCCUGAAUAGUGACUGUUGUGUAAUUUGAUAAUAUUGCUGAAUUAAUAAAAUUAAAUGUCUUCAAGAAUGUUUUA